AAUAUAGGCACGAGGGUUUCCACACUUUCUUUCUCUCAAAGCCCCCCAAGAAACCCUAAAAACUCUUCGGUCUUGGAGGCGCCUCUGCUCGGCUGUCUCUGCUUUCUAUACGCGGAAACAAUGGUGCGAGUGAGUGUUUUGAACGAUGCUCUUAAGAGCAUGUACAAUGCAGAGAAGAGGGGGAAGCGCCAGGUCAUGAUCAGGCCAUCCUCGAAAGUGAUUAUCAAAUUUCUUCUGGUUAUGCAGAAGCAUGGUUACAUUGGGGAGUUUGAGUAUGUUGACGACCACAGGUCUGGCAAAAUUGUUGUCGAACUGAAUGGAAGGCUUAACAAGUGCGGGGUUAUUAGUCCUCGUUUUGACGUUGGUGUUAAAGAGAUUGAAGGUUGGACUGCAAGGUUGCUCCCCUCAAGACAGUUUGGUUAUAUUGUGUUGACGACUUCUGCUGGUAUCAUGGAUCAUGAAGAGGCUAGGAGAAAGAAUGUUGGUGGUAAAGUGCUUGGUUUCUUUUACUAGGCUGAGUUUGUGUCGGGAAUGGCCAAAAUUUUUCUGCUUGUGAGGAGUUUUUUGGUGUAUUUUGAACUCAUUUUAAUAUAGGAUAGUUCUAUGUUUAUUUGGAUUGAGUGUUUUUUCUCUAUUUGUGGGUACUGGUGUCUAUACCCACAUUAAUGGAAGACUUUAAUGUUGCAUUGUGUUCACCUUAUCUAAAUUGCAGUACUAUGUUUACUUUA